AAAUAUACUUGCUUGCUGGGAUACUGCUUGAUGUGUGUGUUUGAAUCGUAACGAAAAAAACAAGCCGCGUUCUUCCUCGCAUUUGCGCGUCAUUCAAACAGGACUCAGUGUACUGCUUUCCCCCUCUGUUGCAUUAGUAAUAACAGCGGCGUUGACGGGAGACAGCAGGAGAGAGUGUGUGUGUCUCCGACAGCGGUGCCCAGCGGAGGAAUAUUGAGCUUUUUUAUUUACUCUGCAGCUUGUUGUUCAUUUUCUCUGCGUUAUGGUGAACUUGGACAGUCACGUGUGAAGAUCUCUGCAAACACAGAGGACGACGGCUUCUCACCUGGCGUGUCCCCUUUGACUUUACCGCGAGGAAAAAUAUACCUGCCGCUUUUUUUGUGAUAGCCGACAUCGCUGGACUCCUUCCACUCCUGUGACGGACAACAACAGCAAGUUCUCUCCCAUAGGGAUGAAAUAUGUACACUCUGCGCCCGUAGAAAAAAGCAAACGACGCACACUGUAAAGUCCAAAGUGGUUUUAAAUCAUGAUGAUGCAGGAGUCGGCCACAGAGACAAUAAGCAACAGUUCAAUGAGUCAAAAUGGAAUGAGCACCCUAAGCAGCAGCCAAUUAGAGGCUGGCAGUAGAGAUGGGAGAUCAAGCGCUGGUGACACGAGCAGCGAAGUAAGCACAGUCGAGCUGCUGCAUCUGCAACAACAGCAGGCCCUACAAGCAGCGAGGCAAUUACUCUUGCAGCAGCCAGGCAGUGGCCUGAAAUCUCCAAAGAGCCAGGACAAGCAGCGUCCACUGCAGGUUCCAGUGUCAGUGGCCAUGAUGAGUCCCCAGGUGAUCACGCCACAACAGAUGCAGCAGAUCCUUCAGCAGCAGGUGCUCUCCCCCCAGCAGCUCCAGGCCCUGCUCCAGCAGCAGCAGGCUGUAAUGCUGCAGCAGCAACACCUGCAGGAGUUUUAUAAGAAACAACAGGAGCAGCUUCAUCUGCAGCUUCUCCAGCAGCAGCACCCUGGCAAGCAGGCUAAAGAGCAACAGCAGCAGCAGCAGCAGCUGGCCGCCCAGCAGCUUGUCUUCCAGCAGCAGCUCCUGCAGAUGCAGCAGCUCCAGCAGCAGCAGCACCUGCUCAACAUGCAGCGGCAGGGCCUGCUCUCGCUGCCCGGGCCCGCUCCCGGCCAAGCCGCCCUGCCCGGACAAACCCUGCCCCCGCCAGCUGGCCUGAGCCCCGCCGAGCUCCAGCAGUUGUGGAAGGACGUGACCGGAGGCGGCAGUCACGGCAUGGAGGACAACGGCAUCAAACACAGCAACAGCGGCACCGGAACCAGCGGGGGUGGCGGCGGUCUCGACCUCUCCACCAACAACUCUUCCUCAACUACCUCCUCCUCCAAUCCCGCCAAAGCGUCGCCGCCCAUCUCUCACCAUUCCAUCGCCAACGGACAGUCCCCCGCCCUCAACCACAGAAGAGAGAGGGAACGGGAACGGGAAAGGGAGCGAGAGAGUUCACUACAUGAAGAAAGCGGAGGGACCCACCCCCUGUACGGUCACGGCGUGUGUAAGUGGCCCGGCUGCGAGAAUAUCUGCGAGGACUUUGGACAGUUUUUGAAGCACUUAAACAGCGAACAUGCCCUCGAUGAUCGGAGCACAGCCCAGUGUAGAGUCCAAAUGCAAGUCGUACAGCAGCUGGAAAUACAACUUUCUAAAGAACGUGAGCGUCUUCAGGCGAUGAUGGCCCACUUGCACAUGCGGCCCUCGGAACCCAAGUCAUCUCCCAAACCACUCAACUUGGUGUCCAGCGUCACCAUGUCGAAGAACUUGCCCUCGGCAUCACCCCCCAACUUACCUCAGACCCCCACCACACCCACAGCACCUAUCACACCCAUGGCCGCCAUGCCCCAGGUGCCGUCAGUACUGGGAGGAGCGAACGUGCCCAGCAUGGGAGCCAUGCGUAGACGCCACUCGGACAAAUACUCCAUGCCUCUGUCGUCAGGUGGUGACACAGUAUUUAUUUUUCCAGAGAUUGCCCCAAACUACGAGUUUUAUAAGAACGCAGAUGUCAGACCGCCAUUUACUUAUGCAACCCUCAUAAGACAGGCUAUCAUGGACUCUGCCGACAUGCAGUUAACGCUUAAUGAAAUCUACAGCUGGUUCACACGCACGUUCGCCUACUUCAGACGCAAUGCUGCAACUUGGAAGAACGCUGUUCGCCACAACCUCAGUCUGCACAAGUGCUUUGUGCGCGUGGAGAACGUGAAGGGGGCGGUGUGGACGGUAGAUGAGAUGGAGUACCAGAAACGCAGGUCGCAGAAGAUCACAGGGAGCCCAUCACUUGUCAAGAACCUGCCCUCCAGUCUUGGCUACGGAACUGCACUAAACGCCAGCUUACAGGCUGCCCUGGCGGAGACCUCCCUGCCUCUGCUGGGGACCCCCGGCCUCAUGAACAGCAGCUCCACGGGCCCAAUGGGCUGCCACGGCCUCCUCGGCGGAGACCCGUCCAUCCUGGCUGGCGGAAGUCCACCCGGGCUGCUGGGCGGAAGUCCACCCGGGCUGUUGGGAGGGAGUCCACCAGGGCUGCUGGGCGGCAGCCCCCCAGGCACGCUGAGCGGCAGUCCCCCCACCCUGUUGCAGUCAGCUCACGAGGGUCUCAACGGCUCACUCGACCACCUGGACACCAACGGACACAGCAGCCCCGGAUACUCCCCACCAGGACACAUGCCACCCAUUCACGUGAAGGAGGAGCCACUUAACAUGGAUGACGAGGACUGUCCGAUGUCACUGGUGACGACAGCCAAUCACAGUCCAGAGCUGGACGACGACCGGGAGCUGGAGGAAGGGAACUUAUCAGAGGACCUGGAGUGACUAGGAUACAGUUUUUGGCCGAUGUAUCCCCUCACCCAGCCGCACUGUUUCUCUCACACAGACCUCCUGCAAGACUAGAAACCACUCCACAGUCCAAGCAAACCACAGCUGACUCUCUCUCUGUCUCUCUCACCACUGGGACUAUUUAUUGAGCAUGCAUCCGGAUUGGAGACCGGUCCAAAGGAACUCUUUGUUGCAGCCCUUUGGGAUCCCCCAAACAUGACAGGCAUGAGAUGUCUGAUUAAAAAGAAUUAACUCUUUGAGACCUAUUUCAUUAGAGAUGGCGUGGCCACAUACAGUACAAGGAUGAUGGACUCACGGAUGGUGGGAAAAAACCUGAAACAAAUGAGCAAAUCAUGUUCCGUUGAAAGCUAGCGGCCUCAUAUACUGCCAAAAAGGAAGACGUUUUAUGUUUGUGAAUAAUCCAACCCCCAGUAGUUGUUAAUGUCUAGAGACAAUUGCUGGUUCAAUUCAAGUUGUUGCUCUGUUAUCAUUUGCACAGGAGUAGUCUCAGAAAUUUGUGUCACUGCCUGUAUGUUGCUACUAUUAUAAAAACCAGUAUAUUAUUUUUAGCUUUUUUUUCUUUCUUUCUUUCUUUUUUUUUUUCUAACAUCGUUAAUUUCAAAAUCUGAUUUUAGAUACCACCAACUGUAAAUGCCAUUCCCUGAAUCACACCAGUAACGGAACUGCGGUACCAAGACUGUUGUUGCAGCUGUCCAGAAAAACAAGUUUAAAAAAAAAAAAAAAAAAAAAAAAAAAAAAGUUGGCUUCCAGUCGAUUAUCUCUUUGUGAUUAAAAGUUAAAAAAAAAAUACUGGAAAUUAAGUUGGGGGAAAAUUAAUAGUUUGUGUAAAGCACCAUUUACAAAACAAACGCAUUUCCGCAUAAUUUUUCUUCUCGCUGUUCUCCUUACCUCCUCGUUCUAAAGCUUUGUCUACCUGCAAACAGUCACAGGCAACAGCUAGAAACCAAAGCCAACACUAGCAAUGGCCAAUAGCUUAUAGACAGAAGCCACCAAACUCCUCUUGGUCCGUCUUCUGCGACUUUAAACUAGUACAAAGAGAAGCUUUUGUUCCGCAAACUACCUUCGAAUAACCUCUGGGAUUGUUUCAUUUAGCCCUAUACAAAGAUGAUCACGAGAAAGAGAGAGAGGGGAAAUAAAUGCUGAUUUUGAUGUGUAAUUUGAUAACUCAUAGAAAAGUCCACUUUGGAGAUUUUCUGCCAGACGUACUGUAGGUAAAAAAGGUGAUGUGAUAUUUGAACUGCAGGCAUUUUGUGCUGGUGAUUUGACUGGUAGAUAGCAGCUAACUGUAAAAGUGGAUCAUGACCAAAACAAAACAUUUGUGUAUUCAACGGAAGUGCAGAAACAUCGUGUUGUUGUGACUUUUAUUUUCAUUAAUUUUCUUUUAAACUUUUUGUUACACAUUACACAUCCGAUGCAUUUUUUAAUUUUUAGGAUUUGUUUUUCUAACCUGGUGAAUAUGUAAUGUUCUAAGUGGGACUGUCAAAAGUAAUGUCACGUCUUAUUUCCGUGGCGGCUUUGUUCCGAGCCGUGUCGAAACCGAAACUGAAAACACCGCUAACCAAACAUGAAAAAUAUCUAGUGAAGCCAAAUAAGUCAUAAUUUCAAGUUGAUAUGAAAUGGCUCGGUUACCAUGUGAAAGCAAAUAAUAAUAGCCAUUGCAGAAGAGGAUAUCUAAGGUGAACGUUAACCUUUUCUAGGUGAUAUUUGCUUUAACGUAGGGCUGGGCCAUAUCGAGAAAAUCGAAUAUUAACCAUAUUUUUUGACCAAAUACCUCAAUAUUGAUAUUGCGACAAUAUUGUAGGGUUGAGUAUUGGUGCUUUCACAAAAUAUUUACACAUAGACUUUUCAUAAAAACAAAAAAAAUCAUCAGUGAUGUGAAUAUAAUGGCUAAGUGGGUAAAGGCAAACAGAAAAGCUAAAGCAGUCCGGUAAGUUCAGAAAAAUACACCACUUUACUAUAAUGCUGCCUUUAAAGGAACAGUGUGUAGGAUUUAGUGGCAUCUAGUGGUGAGGACUGCACAUUGCAACAAGCUGAAACUUCUCCAAUGUGCCAAGUGUGAGCUCCCGGUUAUAAUUCCUUUAGUUUUCAUUGUUCAGGAGGUUGUUACCGGGAGCUAAAUCAUCAGCAGAGGUCUCUUCUUUUCCAAAACAGACUGACUCUGUGAUUUAAGCCACUGUGUUUCUCCAAAGCUGCUUGGCUCAUUGUAGACGGGCCGCUAGCCCAGCAUCUGCUAAUGUGUGCUCACCUUUUUGCUCUGAUAACACGAGAUCCAGACGUCCGGAAGAUUUUUACCAGGAGCCAAAUUAUCCGUAGUGGUUUCUUCCUCUUUAGAACAAACAUACCUGGUAAAUUAAACCGGUAAAAACACUGAAUGAAGCCGUUUCACGUUAAAAAAAAAAUCAGUGUUUUUCCAGCAUUGCUUGUCACAGAGGGGCUGCUAACUUUGGUGGCCAACAUAAAAACACAUAUAGCCCUAUCUAGAGCCAGUAUUUGAUUUGUCUGUCCUUGGCUACUGUAGAAACAUGGUGGUGCGAUAUGGUGUACUCCAUAGCCGAGGGCCCGCUCAUUCUAUGGUAAUGAAAACACAAUAAUUCUUAUUUGUUGUGAUUAUACAGUAAAUCCUACACACUUGACCUUUAAAACCAGAAAAUGACAACACUUACGAUAUGACGAUAUCCGAAAUCCAAGACGAUAUCUAGUCUUAUAUCAACAUAUUGCCCAGCCCUACUUUAACAUCAUCAAAUACUCAUUGUGUGGUUCAUAGCUUCUAAACUAUAUAGAUACAUCUGGUGCUACCGCAGGUGUAUUCUGUAUAGGUAACCAGCUUUUUAUAACACACUUGAUACUUAUGGAGACUAAAGAGAAGUAGUUAUUGUGGAGACUACGUCCCAUCAUUUCCCUCACAGCUAAUGUCAUCUAGAAAAGUGUUGUUGCUUUAAUGGUCAUUUCUGUUUUCAGUAAACCAAAGUUACACAAAAUUCUGCCUCCUCUUGUAUGGGAUAAAGAACUGCUAAAACAACCACAUAUACACACACACACACCUUGUCAGAGACUAGCAUACAUGCACGCAGACACACGCAGACCCCCGAGCUUUCGGUCUGCCAACCUUCUUGUUUCGGUUAAACUCUCCAGCUGCAGAAAACGCACGCUGUCAAAGAACCGACGAGUGGCUUUGUAUCGUGCUGUAACGACCAAAAUGAAAACACUGUGCAUAUGUUGUUUUCAAGUGUUGUGCCAAGCCGAGGAAUUGGCUGUAAGAGCUUAACACGCAGCCACGUGCAGUACUGUACAAACACGCAGCAUGUAAAGCACACAAACACACACACACAUGCCAGUUCCACGUCAAGAGGGUACUGGGCCCAGGAACAAAGCUUAUCCCUUCAAUACUUAGCUGGAGUCAGCAAAACGACUUGAAGACGACGUCCUUAAUAAUCUUAUCACACCAAAUAAAAAGGACGCUGCGUCUUUCAAAAAAAAAAAAAGAAAAAAAGGAAAAAAAAGAAAGAAAAAAAGGGUUCUCCCACUUACCCAAAAAGGCUUUCUAAAAGCUUCUACCUCUGCACAACAAAUUCAGAACAAUUAUGACAGAUUGCACGAGUUAUUAGAAUGCCACAAGAGCUAUUACACUUUACUACGCUUGUCUCAUAGGAAGUGGCUCGAACCAACGUUUACAUUCCCUGCGUCAAGAUAUGGAAGAUUUGCAUUGUAAUAGGUUGUCCUCAAACAUUUGUAGAAUGAUAAUGUAUAGAUUACCUGUAAGGGAAUAUUGUGUUUUAAAAAUGCAUGUCUAAAAAUCAUUUGGUGGACUGGAAACAAGAACCAAUAAAAAGAAUAUAAUAAAAAUCCUCGGGACGAUGGCCUAAAUGUUACGUACAAUGCAUAGGAGUGCGUUACCUCAGAUAUACUGUUUUGGGAGGGAUAAAACCUGUCAGCCACAGAAUGCAUAUUACCUGUAGAUUUGCAUGGGUUUUGUAUAAAUUAAGUAAAAAAAAAAAUGUCUAAAAUAGUUGCUUGCACAUAAUACCAGAAAGACCUCCAGAACUGCGAUCUGCUCCUCCACUAGAUUUUAGGAUUGUCUGGAUUUUCUGGGUUGAUUUUGUCUGUAUUUUGAUAACUGUGCAUACUUAUGUAAAAAAAAAAUGUUGGUGGACCCAUAAAUUUACCAGACUUUUUUCUAAGAGGAAAAAAAAAAUCUCAGUGUUUCUUUUCUGACUUACCUGAAUUUUUACUGUUUCUCUCUCAUUGCUCGCUAAGAAUAGCAAACCUGCUUUUUCUGCAUCUGCUUUGCGUAGCUGUAAGGCUUAACCUAAUGUGUGUAUUUAUUGCUUGUACCUCUGUGCAUACUUUAUGAAGCAUUAUGUCUGGCAGUUGAGUCAUGUAUCCUUUCUACUGCUAUCCUUCUCUAAUAAUUGGGAAUAUGAUCCCCCUAUGUAUACAGUAAAUUGGGACUGUAGCAAACAUAUGUUUAUGUAAUUGGUGAAAACUUUUAUUUUUCCGUUUGUUUGUUUCAUUUCCUUUUUGAUCGAGAUUCAACGACUUCUUUUGAUACUUUUCAUUACUGUGUACUGUGUCCAUACGUUAAAGGUUCUCUGACAUUAGAAGGUCAUGGUUGAGAAUUGUAACAGACGUUAUUAUUUUCUGUAUUCAUGGCAUUUCACUGCUGAAUAAAAUAAAGGACCAAAACUUGGAA